CAUUAUUUGUAUUAUUUAAGCUUUUUUAAAUAACCUUCAUACUUUGUGUGCGCAAAAUUGAAGGAGGGAGAGAGAGACCCUCACAAUCGCUGCUCAUCACCACCUCCACCCCUCUCCCUAAGCCUAGCCCAUCUCACACAACACAACACAGAAGAAUGGUUGAGUGUAAACGUUGCUAUCUUACAAUUGCGGCCAUGAAAAAACCUUCUUCAAGCGAACAUUCCAUUUCCAAGAAAAGAAAAACCACCAUUGCUACUACUGAUUCCACUUCCUUCGAGUUAUGCUCGUUCGAUACGCAGUUUCCCGACACUACCUUCUCGCUGAAAGCUUCCGUUAGUUCUACCCGCACAGUUGUUUCCGAUCACUCUUGCUGCAGCUCCACUCCGUGCCAUCAGAUCUGCAGGUUCGCUUUGUCAAUGAAAGGUUUUUUUAAAAAAUAAAAAUAAAAAUUCCACUCAGGCAACGAGUACAAGUGGUACCACACGUGGCAUGCCAAUGUGUCCGGUUAAAUACGAGGCUAAUGGUGUAAGGUUAACGUGAAUCUACUAAUAAUAUGGUGGAAGGUUAAUACGAGGUCUUAAGUUAAACCGUGUAAUUUGGUGUCCAUGUCACGGCAAUGAAUAAGGAUAGGAUAACAAUCUCGUGGACGGCGUCAAAGUUCGUUAAAAGUCAGCAACUCUAUUCAAUCUUAAUUUUGAGAAGCAAGAAAAUUUUCAAAUUUGAUUUUUCUCCUUGACAGGGUAUAAACCUAACUUAAAUUUUACCGUGAAGGGCAAGCUACACUUGCAGCACCAGCACCAGUCUAAACGGUACUACUGACUGACUUUGCAGUCGUGACAUUUUACCGUGUCUUGCAAAAGUCAAACGAACUCGUCUUCAUUCACCAAAGGCUUGUUUGCUUACUUAUACCAUAAGUAUAGAAAUAGAACACCAUUUCUUCAAAUCCCAUUGAUACAUAUGGCUGCAAAAACUGUUCUUGUUUGUGUUACCGUUAUCCUUCUCCCCUUGCUGCAGCUUCCAUAUGUCUCAGCGACUAAUGUUAGCAUUGGUGAGACACUUGUUGCAGGUAACGGGGGUAAGCGAUGGCUUUCUCCAUCAGAGGACUUUGCAUUUGGAUUUCAUCAGCUUGACAAUGACCUUUACUUGCUUGCUAUAUCAUACCAAAAUAUACCUCGUGACUCUUUCAUUUGGUAUGCAAACGGAGACAACCCUGCUCCUAAAGGAUCAAAACUAGAGCUAAAUCAAUACACUGGACUAGUGCUCAAGAGCCCUCAAGGGGUUGAGCUAUGGACAUCACAGCUCAUAUCAGGUACAAUUUCCUACGGACUAAUGAAUGAUACGGGCAACUUCCAGCUUCUGGAUGAGAAUUCACAGGUGUUGUGGGACAGUUUCAGUAAUCCAACUGAUACCUUGGUGCCUACUCAAAUCAUGGAGGUAAAAGGCACGCUUUCAUCUCGCCAGAAAGAGGCCAACUUCUCACGAGGAAGGUUUCAAUUUCGCUUGCUUCCAGAUGGUAAUGCUGUGCUUAAUCCUAUAAAUUUGCCUACCAAUUAUACUUAUGAUGCUCACUACAUCAGUGCCACUUAUGAUUCGACCAACACAACAAACUCUGGUUUCCAAGUGAUUUUUGAUAAUUCAGGCUUGUACAUAUUGAAGAGGAGCGGUGAGAAAGUUUAUAUUACAAAUCCAAAAGAUGCGCUCUCAACUGAUUCCUAUUAUUAUAGAGCAACCAUCAAUUUUGAUGGAACUUUCACCAUAUCAAAUUACCCUAAAAAUCCAGCUUCAAAUCCAAGCUGGACAGUUAUGAAGACAUUGCCAGACAACAUUUGCAUGAAUUUGCUAGGAAACACGGGUGGUAGUGGGGUCUGUGGAUUCAAUAGUAUCUGCACUCUCAAAGCUGACCAAAGACCAAAGUGCAGUUGCCCAGAAGGUUAUUCUCCUCUUGAUUCAAGGGAUGAGUAUGGCAGCUGCAAACCAAAUUUGGAACUCGGUUGUGGAUCAAGUGGACAAAGCUUGCAAGGAGAUCUGUACUUCAUGAAGGAAAUGGCAAAUACUGAUUGGCCUGUAUCAGAUUAUGAAUUGUAUAAACCUUACAAUUCAGAAGACUGCAAGACUUCUUGCUUGCAAGAUUGCUUAUGUGCUGUUUCUAUUUUUAGAGAUGAUAGCUGCUACAAGAAGAAGCUGCCUCUCUCAAACGGAAGACGGGAUAGAGCAGUAGGGGCAUCUGCUUUCAUUAAGUUGAUGAAAAAUGGUGUUUCAUUAAGUCCUCCAAAUCCAUUCAUUGAAGAGAAGAAAUAUAAAAAAGAUCAAGAUACUUUGAUAACUGUGAUAUCAGUCCUUUUGGGAGGUUCUGUCUUUUUCAAUCUGGUCAGUGCUGUAUGGGUUGGUUUCUACUUCUACUACAACAAAAAAAGUUCUACCAAUAAAACUGCUACAGAAAGCAAUUUGUGCAGUUUCACCUUUGCAGAGCUAGUGCAAGCAACAGAUAACUUCAAAGAGGAAUUGGGAAGGGGGUCUUGUGGCAUUGUCUAUAAAGGAACAACAAAUUUGGCUACUAUUGCAGUCAAGAAACUAGACAAGGUGCUCAAAGACUGCGAUAAGGAAUUCAAAACAGAAGUGAAUGUGAUAGGCCAAACUCAUCACAAAAGCUUGGUUCGCCUGCUUGGAUAUUGUGAUGAGGAACAACACCGGAUUCUGGUGUAUGAGUUCCUGAGCAAUGGAACUUUAGCAAACUUCCUCUUUGGAGAUUUCAAACCGAAUUGGAACCAAAGAGUCCAGAUUGCCUUUGGGAUUGCAAGAGGGCUGGUCUACUUGCAUGAGGAAUGCUGCACCCAAAUCAUCCAUUGUGACAUAAAGCCACAAAAUAUACUACUUGAUGAACAAUACAAUGCAAGAAUUUCAGAUUUUGGGUUGUCAAAGCUACUAAAGAUUAAUGAAAGCCACACAGAAACUGGCAUUCGAGGAACAAAAGGGUAUGUUGCGCCAGACUGGUUCAGGAGUGCACCAAUCACUACCAAAGUUGAUGUCUACAGUUUUGGUGUACUGCUUCUGGAGAUCAUUUGCUGCAGGAGAAAUGUAGAUGGUGAGGUUGGCAAUGAAGAGAAGGCCAUUUUAACUGAUUGGGCUUAUGACUGUUAUAGGGCUGGAAGAAUUGAUAUACUGCUUGAAAAUGAUGACGAGGCUAUCGAUGACACAAAUAGGCUUGAAAGGUUUGUGAUGGUAGCUAUUUGGUGCCUUCAAGAGGAUCCCUCUCUCAGGCCACCAAUGAAGAAGGUGAUGUUGAUGCUGGAAGGAAUAGCUCCAGUCACAAUUCCACCAAGUCCCAGCCCUUAUACCUCUGUGUCUGUUAGUUGUGGUUGAAAAUAGUUUCAUUUCUUGUCUUGCUUUUACGUUAUGUGGAUUUGUGAUUAGAUGUUGCUAUUCAUUUUAAUUCCCUUUGUAUAUGUAGCUGCUCAUAGAACAUCAAUUUCUGAUGAUUGACGAGGUCUGAAAUUCCUA